AUGACCGUUAGAGAAUUCCUUGACUCCAUGAUCUUAACACGACCAGCCCUCCCCCGCGAGCUCAUCGACCAAAUCAUCACCACCCUCAUCACCCUCCAUUCCCACGACCCAGCCUACCAAUGGACAAACCUGCGCCACAUAACCCGCCACCACAAAGCGCACCUCGAGCAACAUUUCCUCACCCACUGGGUCCCCAAGCUAGUGUUCGAAAUCCCACAUGACUAUGGCUCAUGCCCACUCGUGAAUUUCACAGCCCCCACGCCACCUCGCACACUCCAGAAAGAUGACUCAGGGAACAACGGUGCAGAUAUCGUGGUAUUUACUGAACGUACCGGUCUCCGUCUCACCGACAUGCCCAACCGCUGGCACGAACACGCCACAGGAAACAUCAAAAGACAUCCCUGGGAGCAAUUCGAUUCCAACAUCAUCGUGCACUUCGGCAACGGCACGCUGAACAAAGGCUACUCAAAAGGCGGUAUAAGGAGCGAUGUCGUCAUCCCCAAUCUAUCCAUCAACACAGAUGCCUCGCCGUGGGAGUUUUCUUUCGCUUGGAAAGAACUCUUCACCAGGCUCUUUACCGAGGAAAUGGUGAUGCGGACAUUCCGGGACAAGCUUCUUGGGUGGUUUGUACCCACUUUGGGAGGGGAUGUAGAGCCGAGGGUGGAGAUGGCAGCUGUAUACCAUUACUUGCGUAAACAUUUUCACUGGCAGCGGAGGGCUGUGUUGGCGGCUUAUCGGAAGUAUAAUUAUCCUCUUCUGUGGGAUGAAGAAUACUGUCGACGUCGUUAUCGCGAACAACAUACUGAGGGUCGCUGCUACAAAGCGUAUUCUUCCAAAGGUCCCUUUGACCUCUCACGUUUCGUUCAUCAAGGCAGAGAGGAGCUUGGUGUGUCUCUUAACAGCGAGUUCCAUAUCCUCGAGGACGAGGAGAGCAUGGUGUUCCAAGUCCCCGGUUGGGAGACGUGGGACGUAGGGGAUUUAGGGCGCAUGCGUGUUUAUGAAGAGAUGAUUGAGGAACGGCAGUUGACGGAUAUAUGGUUUGGAUACCGUGAUGUUCAGUUGGAGGACUAUUGGGAGUUUUAUUACAAGGAUCUAUUCGAGGUUAUGGAGGGAAGAAGGACAGUCAGUGAUGAGGUGCUUGAGGAGCGUUUGAGAGCCGAGAAGCUGGAUCCAGAGGAGUUCUGGAUUUCAAGACCAGCCAAUGAAUGGUUUCCAUACCAGUAG